AUGAUAUCUACUUAUAAAAUCAUGACGUUAUUGAAAUGGGCCAUACUACCGUUAACGGUUUUCACAAUUUUCGUGGUGAUGUACAGCCAAGCGUCGGAGGACCCGCAGAAGAAAGGACCUAAGGUCACUGACAUCGUGUGGUUUGACAUCAAAAUGGGAUCGAGUGCACCUCAACGUGUGGAAAUCGGAGUGUUCGGCGCAACUGUACCUAAGACAGCGCAGAAUUUUAUCGAGUUAGCAAAGAAACCAGAAGGUGAAGGUUACAAGGGCAGUAAAUUUCACAGAGUCAUCAAAGACUUCAUGAUCCAAGGAGGUGAUUUUACGAAAGGCGACGGUACUGGUGGCCGCAGUAUCUUUGGGGAAAAGUUUGCAGACGAAAACUUUAAGCUGAAGCAUUACGGUGCCGGCUGGUUGUCGAUGGCCAAUGCUGGAAAAGACACCAAUGGAUCUCAAUUUUUCAUUACCACUAAACAAACUUCCUGGUUGGACGGUCGUCAUGUUGUAUUUGGAAAAAUUAUCAAAGGAAUGAAAACAAUUCGUGCAGCAGAAGCAACAGAAACUGAUUCCAGAGACAAACCAGUUGACAAUAUUGUAAUUGUUGAUAGUGGACACAUCGUCGUUCCAGAGCCAUACCCAGUCAGCAAAACUGAUGCUACUGAAUAA